UUGAUAGAUUGUCAAUAAAGGAAAGAUUGUGGUGGUUAUGGAUUCUCGAGGUAACAGUUCCAGGUUCGGACAAUAUCCGACAAUGCCCUCUAGGAACAUGUCUUCAUCUUCCUCAACUGCUUUCUUCUCAGCUGACCAGUCUCCAAGAUCUCCCAAAAUCCAACAAGAAUGGUCUGAUGCUCAAUGUGAGAGUUUUGACCCUCUUCAAUCACAGAGCCUUGAGGCUGAUCAGAUCGCUUACACACCUUCUAGAAAUGAAAGAGAGAAUGAUUCAUCUUCUGUGUCAGUUUCUUACAAAAGAGUGGGAUGUUGUGAAGUGUUCUUGGGGUUACACGGUGAGAAGCCAUCUCUGCUAAGUUUUGUUAACUGGCUCAGAGCUGAGUUAGAGCUACAAGGGAUGAGUUGUUUCAUGUCGGAUAGAGCAAGAUGCAGAAGCUCACGGAAACAGAGGAUAAUCGAGAAAGCUAUGGACGGUGCUUCCUUCGGGGUUAUCAUACUAACAAGAAUGGCUUUCAAGAACCCUUACACGAUCGAGGAGCUUCGGUUUUUCGCCAACAAGAAGAAUCUUGUCCCCAUUUUCUUCGAUCUUUCUCGAGAGGACUGUCUUGUGAGAGAUAUAGUUGAGAAGAGAGGAGACUUAUGGGAGAGGAACGGAGGUGAGCUGUGGGAAUGUUACGGAGGGAUUGAGAAAGAAUGGAAAGAGGCGGUUCACGGGCUAUCGCGUGUCGAUGAUUGGAAGCUUGAAGCUCAUGAAGGUAACUGGAGAGACUGUGUGUUCAGGACGGUUACGUUGUUGGCUUCGAAGUUAGUAGGGAGGAGAAGUAUAGUUGAGAGGCUGGCGAAAUGGCGAGAUAAAGCAGAGAAAGAGGAGUUUCCGUACCCGCGGAACGAUAACUUUGUUGGGAGGAAGAAGGAACUAUCAGAGCUAGAAUUCGUUUUGUUUGGAGAUGGAGAGGAUUACUUUGAGUUAAAGGCGAAAAGACCGGGGAGAAGGAAGAACAAAGGGAAAGAGAAAGUUGUGUGGAAGGAGUUAGAGAAGGAGAUCGAGAUGCAAAGUAACAAGUUAGUGAAGAAGAAGACAAGGAAAAAGAAUAAGAAAUUGAUGAAGAUUAUCUGCGGGAAAGGCGUGGCGUGCGUCUCAGGUGAAGCAGGCAUCGGUAAAACCGAGCUGCUUCUCGAGUUUGCUUACAGGCAUCACCAGAGGUAUAAGAUGGUUCUUUGGAUAGGCGGGGAGAGCCGUUACAUCAGACAGAACUAUCUGAAUCUUCAUCAGUACUUGGACGUGGACGUUGGGGUGGAGAAUUGUUCCGAUAAGACGCGGAUCAAGAGCUUCGAAGAGCAAGAAGAUACCGCGGUUUCGAGGAUAAGGAGAGAGCUGAUGAGGGACAUACCGUUCUUGCUUGUUAUCGAUAACUUGGAGAGCGAAAAGGACUGGUGGGAUUCGAAGCUUGUGAUGGAUCUUCUCCCUAGGUUUGGAGGAGAGACUCAUGUUUUGAUAUCUACACGUCUCUCCAGAGUUAUGAACCUUGAGCCGAUGAAACUGCCUUACCUCUCUGCUGCUGAAGCUAUGUCGUUAAUGCAAGGAAACGUUAAAGACUAUCCGGUUCCGGAGAUGGAUGCGUUGAGAGUUAUUGAAGAGAAGCUAGGGAGGUUAACGCUUGGACUAGCCGUUGUUGGAGCUAUAUUGUCAGAGCUUCCUAUAAGCCCCACCCGGCUUUUAGAUACUAUAAAUAGAAUGCCGUUGAGAGAGAUGUCAUGUAGUUUGUUGAGAAGAAGUAUGUUUCUGUUGCAGCUGUUUGAAGUGUGUUUUUCGAUCUUUGAUCACGCGGAUAGACCGAGGGGUUUAGCUACUAGAAUGGUUGUUGCGAGCGGGUGGCUAGCUCCGGGGCCUGUACCAGCCUCUCUAUUAGCUUUGGCUGCUUCUGAGAAACACAGAGGUCUGUGGAGAAGACUGAGACGAGCUAUAAGAUGCGGUUUUGCGUCUUCAAACUCCAAGAGGUCAGGAGCUGAAGCUGCUUCCAUGUUGCUUAGAUUCAACAUUGCUAGAGCCAGCAGUGUCAAGCUAGGGUUUAUACAGAUACACGAGGUGGUGAGACUCUACGCAAGGAAUAGAGUGCUGGAGAACGAGACUGCUCCUGCGAUGGUUCGGGCUGUGAUAAACCGUGGCUGGACCGUUGAAACCGCUGAUCAGAUAUGGGCGGUUUGUUUCUUGUUAUUCGGUUUCAGCAACGAAGCUCCAACUAUUCAGCUGAAGAUGACAGAGCUGCUGUUUCUUGUGAAACAAGUAAUCUUGCCUCUAGCGAUUAGAACUUUCGUAACGUUUUCGCGGUGCGGUGCAGCCGUGGAGCUGCUCAGAGUCUGCACAAACGCGUUAGAAUCAGCUGACCAGACGCUAGUGAAGCCGGUGGAGAAGUGGCUAGACAAGUCGCUUUGCUGGAGAUCUGUUCGGACAAACGCACAGCUAAACCCUGUUCUAUGGGAAGAACUUGCUUUAGCUCGAGCCACCGUGCUGGAGACUCGAGCUAAGUUGACUCUACGUGGCGGGCAGUUUGGUGUUGCGGAUGAUCUAAUCAGAAAAGCAAUCUUCAUUAGAACUUCUAUCUCAGGGGAAGCUCAUCCUGGGACUGUGUCGGCUAGAGAGACACUAAGUAAGUUAACUAGGCUUUCAUCUAAUGUUCAUAACACUUCACCUUAG